ACCCAUUAUCCGACCCGAUUCCAUAAAAUCUUCAAGAAACCAUCUCAAAAGAAAGCUGAAAAAGAGGCAACAAGAAUCUCAUCACGACAUGGCCAGUGUGGUCGUGCUGAUUGUUACAUUUUGGAGAGUAAGCAGCUUGAGUUUUAAUGAAGAAACUUCAGAAAAAGAAAGGGAAGGGCGCCAGUGAUGCUGCUUAGAGUUGCAGGCUCCAAAUUUUAAAUUAUCAUAAGUUCAGAACAAAUUAGAUUUGAUUUUUCUUUCCUAUUUAAUAGUCUCACUUCAUUGAAAGAGGAUGAUAAACUUCUUAUAUCUAAAUAUCAAGUUUAUUUUACAAAUGGUUAACUGACAAUUUUGAGAAAAAAAGCUCAUUGAGAAUCGAGUAGAGAUCUAUGGGUGUUUCUUCUUCAUCUACACCUUUCAUCUAAUUAUUUUCUUGUCUUGAUUUGUUGUUGUUUGAAUGGAAAGUUCUAGAAAAUCAUUUUUGAUUGUUUUAUGCAGCUAGUCCCUCAAGUAAAACCUUCAAAGCCUUCUCAGUGAGAGAGAUGCUAAGCUUCAAUUCAGAUUGGAUAGGGUAGGGUUGGGUUUAGGUCUGAAUAAUAAAUUUUAAAUUAAGGUAGAUUAAUUAUUUUGAAGUGGAAUAAAUUAAAAAAAAAUGAGUAAAAUUUCAAUAUGUCGCACAUCGUUAAUGUGACGGAUAUAUAUAUAUAUAUAUCAAAUCAUUAAUGAUAUAAAUAUAUUUAUAUUCAGAUGAAUAUUAUAUACAUAUUAUUUAUUAUAAUAUGAGAAUAUAAUUAAAAUUUUUUAUUGAUCAGGUCUCGUAUUUUCUCGUAUGGACAUGAAAAUUCCAUAAUAGAGAAAACAAUUCGUCCAAAUUUGAAAGGUUAAAAAUAUUUGGAUAUCAAACAUUUGCUACUUGUAUACCUAAUACCUAAAUUCGUCGAGGAUCCCAACUGCCCCCACAUAAAGCAACAUCCUAUCCUAUAAUAAUUGUAGUUAAAGUACAAUUAGGAGAAAUCUCUUUCACACAUCAUGCCUUUUUCUUGAUUUCCUCUUUUCUUCUAAACACGCUAAACACCCCCACCUCCCUAUACCCUACCAUCCACCCGUUGCAACUUCCACGCCGCCUUCAUGGAAAUAAGUUGAAGAAAAUUCUUAUAUAUUCCAUUUACCGUGUCAUUUGAAAGUUAUUAUUAUACAAGACAAGAAGAGAAAAAAUGAUGACGAAGGCGGCCGUUUUGGUUGUUCUUUAGCAUUGAUUUUAACAACUCUUCAGAUUGAUAAACAAAGAAAAAAAAAGGAGGAAGGAAAAUGUGUGUGAUUUUGGAAAAAGAGGGCGAUGAUUUGCUGUUGGCACCGCCCACAAAUUUCUCUGCUGUUGAAGAUAACUGCAUUUAUAGAUCUGGAUUCCCUCAACCAUCCAAUUUCCCCUUUCUUCACUCCCUCAAUCUUCGCUCCAUCAUAUAUUUGUGCCCUGAGCCUUAUUCUGAAGAAAAUUUGGAGUUUCUACGAACUAACAAUAUCAAGCUUUUCAAGUUUGGAAUAGAUGGCACGAAGGAGCCAUCUGCUAUGUCCAGCAGUGCUAUAACAGAGGCUCUGAAAGUGAUAACUGAUGUAAGAAAUCACCCAGUUCUCAUCCACUGUAAGCGCGGAAAGCAUCGAACUGGUUGCCUCGUUGGGUGCCUGAGGAAAUUGCAGAACUGGUGUAUGUCUGCUGUGGUGGAGGAGUACAAGCAUUUUGCUGGCACAAAGUGGAGAGAAACUGACCUCAAGUUUCUCGAGAAUUAUGAUGUAUCACGCAUUAGGCAUUGCCUUGAGAGCAUCAUAUACAGGUACUAUGGCUCGAAGAAGAGGCGCUUGCAGUACAGAGAAGAAAGUCUGCAGAAGCCCCAGAUGACUUCAGUUAUAUAGAGGGAUUAUCCACCUUAAUUUUUAGCGUGGAUUGGAUAUUCCCAUUGCUCUUUAUUUCUCUUAAUAUUCUCUCUUUAGUCAUUAUACACUGCUUCAGAUUCAUCUAUACAACCAAUUUGUUUCUGGGA